AUGGAAUUAACAUCGUUACGUGUACUAUCUAAUUUGAAUCAAUCCAGAAUGGAUGAGUUUACUUCGGGAACUUCUUCAUCGACUGUAACAUUAUCAUCCUCAUCAUCAUCAACAAUGUCAAUAACUUCACCGAAAUCAACAUCAUCAUUGUGCUCCUCGCCAUCAUCAUCUACAAUAUCUCCGACAUGUUUACCGAUAUCGUCAUCGUCAACAACAACAGCGACAAUGACAACAACCACACUAAAUGACACAGAUCCAUGUCGUUCAUUUAUGAUUCAGGAUAUUUUAGAUAAAUCAAAACAUACUACUUAUGCGAAUCAGUAUAAACAUGGUAGAUUAUGGAAAUUGAACAAUGAACAUGGAAAUACAUUAUCUAUUAUUGAUCAACACAAUAAAAAUCGGAUUCAUUUGAAUGAAAUGAAUGAUAGUAAAUUUAAUUUGAAACGGAAAUAUUUACAUCAAAGUAAUUUAACUGAUCAUCAUAGUAAUAAUAAUAAUAGUAAUUACUAUAAGUGUCCAGUAUUAUUUGAAGAUGGAAGCAGGCAGGAGAUGAUGACAUCGACUGCGGCGGAGGCGACUACAGCGACAGCGAUGAUGAGGCCGACAGUAGGUGAAGAUUGUGAUUUACAAUUCAAUGAACAAAUUGUUGAUAAUGAAUUACAAUUGAUAAGAGGAAAUUUAAAAGAAUUUUAUUCUGUAACAGGUAAAUAUGAUAAUAUUUUAUAUCUUUUGAAAAAAAAUGUGUACCUAAUUAUCAAUCUUUGUGUUGCAUGA